AUGAAUGUAUUAAGGUGUUUCAGCACAUCACCUAUAGUCAGAGCAAACGUACAAGAUGGGAAGAAGGGAGGUCGGGCAGCGGGUACGAGGAACGUGGUGCUCGUGGAGGGAGUGCGCACACCGUUCCUCAUGUCGGGCACCACCUACAGCUCCCUCAUGCCUCACGACCUAGCCCGCAUGGCUCUCGCCGGGCUAGCUCAGAAAACCGGCAUCGCAAGGGAUGUAGCAGAGUAUAUCAUCAUGGGCACUGUCAUUCAGGAGGUGAAGACGAGCAACAUUGCGAGAGAGGCAGCUCUGGGAGCCGGCUACUCGGACAAGAUACCAGCGCACACGGUCACGAUGGCCUGCAUCUCCUCUAACCUAGCCAUGUCCACCGCGGCGAGCCUGAUAACAAGCGGACAGCACGACGCGAUCAUCUGUGGCGGGGUGGAGUUCAUGUCGGACGUGCCGAUCCGUCACAGCAGGAAGAUGCGACAGCUGAUGCUGCGCUCAACGAAGGCCAAGACCAUGGGAGCGAAGCUCGGGCUGGUCGGUCAGCUCAGACCAGCGUUCUUCACGCCAGAGCUUCCGCGGGGCGGAGUUUCGACAGCGAGUCGAUGGUCACUCGGGGACCGGCCCUGGCGGCGGCACUCACGGCACGUGGCCAGGUACGCAGGGGUUCCUCUCCAGAAUAGACUCACCGGUCACCGUGCAGUACGCAAGGGGUUCUCUCCGAUAGACCUCACGUCGACCGGGCCAGACUACCGGCACGUGCAGGAGGGGUUCCUCGCGAUAGCUCCGGCUCACGCGGGCGCAGUACGCGGGUUCCUCUCCGUAGACUCACCGGUCACCGUGCCAGGUACGGGGUUCCUCUCGAUAAGACUCACCGGCAGUGCAGGUACGGCGGGGUUCGCUUCCGAUAGACUCACCGUCACCGUGCAGUUACAGACAGAUGGAGCGUCCGCAUGCCUGCUCAUGUCGGAGGAGAAAGCUCUGGCCAUGGGCCUGAAGCCGAAGGCUUACCUGAGAGACUACGUCUUUGUGUCUCAGGAUCCAAAGGAUCAGCUUCUUCUCGGGUUUGUGAAUGUUUCGUAA